AUGUCGUCAAGAAUUAGAAAAUAUCCAUCUGACAGUGAGAAAAGGAAAAGGAAGAAACGAGAUGAGGAUAUGAUAAAGUCGCUGAAAGGAUCCAUGGAUAAAUAUUUAAAGAGUAACAUGAGCACGCCCGACAUAGCAAGAAAUCCAGAUGAGUGGGCAAUAGUUGUUGUGGAAGAGGCCCCUGAAGAGAACAAUGUUGACAACAACAUGGAUGAUAACAAUGUGAGUGAUCAUGAGCCUGUAUUUAAUUCUCCGGAAUCUGCUAGUGUUGAUGAGGAACCAGUUUUUAGCACUGAUAUUUAUGAUCCAAUAAAUUGGGAUAAUCUUGAUAACAAAGUAAGGGAUAUGUUAGUGGAGAAGGGGCCUCAAAGAGAAGAAAAUUUUGAAUAUCCAUUGGAUGCUGAUGGAAGACAUUUUUCAUACAUUCAUUACUCUGGAAAAUUGAGCAAUGGAGAGAAUUCAUUGGGACGUGAUGGUUUUUAUGAUUGGAGGCAUAUCAGUGUGAGAUUGAAAGAACAUGAAGCUAGUGUUGAGCAUCUUACCAACAUGAAGUCUUGGAAUGAGCUGAGAGCUAGAUUGAGCAAACAUGAAACAAUUGACAAAGAGUUACAGCAAGAAAUCUCAAAGGAGAAAGAACGCAUAAGCUUGGCUUUUAGAGGUUCUAGUGAGCAGCUCUACAAUGCCAUUAAUGGUAAUUUUUAG